AUGCAAAAGCAGAUAUUAGCUUUCAGUCUGAUUUUGCCAUGUUUUUCUUCACAGCUUCCUGUUAUGGGAGGAGCCUUUAUGGACUCACCCAACGAGGACUUUAGUACAGAGUACUCCCUGUUUAACUCAUCAGCCAACGUCCAUGCAGCUUCCUCCAUGCAGAAUCCACCAGAAGAGACAUCCCGUUCUUCAAAUGAUGCCAUAUUGUUAUGGAUUGCAAUAAUAGCAACAAUUGGAAAUAUUGUGGUUGUGGGAGUGGUGUAUGCCUUCACCUUCUAGGAUGACUGUCGCUACAAACACUGGAAGAAAGGAAAUCUUCAACAGUAUUUGUCAUGUGUAUGUAUGUAUGUAUGUGUGUAUAUAUACAUGUAUAUCUAUAUAAAUACAUAUAAGUAGAGACUUUGUUGAUUAAGUGCUGCCACAGUCAUGGAAAUGAAGUGCAAAUUAUUCAUCUUAAGUCUUGAUGGCGGAAAGUUUGGAUGCAAAUUGUUUGGAGGUGAGAGCUUUAUUUGAGAACAGAGCCAAUACCAGUUUUGUAUAGAAAUGUAAUAAAAGAGGGAUCAACUUGGGUAUAGUAAAUACAGAGAGAUAUUUAUAUAGAAAGUGCUUAUUUUCUACUGUAGAUUUUUCUAGCAGUUCUUCUGCAGUUUGUCAGAUUUUUUUUUUUUUGUGCAUUUUUUACUGUGGUAUAACGUUAUAUGGAAUUGUUCCAGGUCAUGUUUUCUGGACAUCUUAAUUUCCUAGAUGGACCAAGUGGUUGGCAUUGGCUCAGUUCUGACGAAGUCCAAGUUCAUCAUGUGUGUCUUCAGCAUGGCUGUAGACUCCUGGGCUGUAUUUAAAAUCAUGAGUCUUACAGCCAUGGCAGGCAGAUGCAGGCUGUCUAUUACUUGCCUUCCAGUAUCAGCAACUGGAGCUGGAAAUCAGUGAAGUGAUGCUGAACCUGCCUGCUCUUCAAGGGGGGAAGCACAGCUAUUGCUGCUCUGCAGACCCUCU